GAGAGUAGGAUACGGUAAAGCAAGACAGCACUUGGAAGAUUCAGCAGCCAGAAAGGAGUUUGGAGACGGAAACAUUCUGUCUUCAUCGUCAUGGAGUUUCCUCAGCAUUCCCAGCAAUUGCUCUCAGCUCUGCGAUCCCAGCGGCAGCGGGGCUUCCUUUGCGAUUGCACCGUACAAGUGGGCUCAUCCCGUUUCCUGGCUCACAGGGCAGUUUUGGCCUCAUGCUCGCCUUUCUUUCACAUGUUUUACUCAGACUCUCCAGCGGGGAGCAGCACCAGCAGCUGUGUCACACUUGACAAUGACAUCGUCACAUCUGCUGCAUUUGGCUUGCUGUUGGACUUUGUCUAUGAAGGUGUGCUGCAACUGGACGAGUCUCCUCCUGUGGAGGACAUCUUGGCUGCCGCAAGCUUUCUGCACAUGAACGAGGUGGUGAGAGUGUGUAAGAGACGGCUGCAGAGGCGCGGGCCCCUGGCUGAGGCCGACAGCACACGCUCUGAAGAGAGCGGCGGGUUGAGGAAGGCACCAGAAGCAGCUGGUGAUCACCCAGCUGAGCCCCUGGUGGCCAUGGUUGCAGACCACUCAAAUCCGGUGACCACAGCAGUGCCUUUGUCCUCAGUAUCUGAAGUGGCAGAUGGGACUCAGUUGGAGUGUGUGAAGUCUGAGCAGAGGACAUGUGGAAGUUCAUCAAAGAUACAAACUCCUCUGAGCCCUGACCUUGCUGAUACCACCCAGCCAGGCAUGGAUGGCCCUCCUUUGCCCCCAGCAGGGGAGCUGGUGCAGAGCCAGACAAACAUAUCUGCCUUUGUCCCUGUAAGUCUCACCAAGAUGAGCCCAGGGGGUCAAGGCGAAGGAUCUGCUCUCUGCAGUCCCUGCAGCACCACAGAGACAUACAGCUACAGUGCGAUCCAGCAGCCUUCCUCCUCUUCCUCCUCUCUGCUUCCUCAGAGCCAGUCUUGUGUUCGGUCUGUGGUCUCUCUCAACGUUUCAGAAUCCCACCUUUCCAUCGGAAGACAUCCAGAACAGCUCAGACCGUGUGCUGACCGUCCUGCUGAGAAUCUCUCUGAGACUGACCGCAGAAACAUUCUUACCAGAGAACAGAGGAUGGUCAAGUCAAUCCAAGCACCCACCCUGACCAAAAACUUCCAGACCAACUCCAGACAGUCGGCUCUUCAACAAGCACCAUUACAAAUCAGAAUCCAGAGCGCAGUAACGCUCCAGCAUCAGAGCUCGGACCUUCAACGUGCUCCUCAAAUGCGAACGCUUCAACGUAUCGAGGACGAAAUCGAAGCGCCGCUUGUGGCUGGAAGACCAUCACGUCCUCCAGGUGGAGCAAGGACAGGAGACAAUGAAGAGAUUUUGAAAAUCAAAGAAGAGGCGAUUAUUAUUUCUGACGAAGAACUAGAGGAGGAGAAAGAAGACAUCGGGGAGAAAGAAUCGGUGAUGGAUGUGGAAGAGGAAUACGAGGAGGAUAUCCAGGAAGAAGAGCUGAAUAGUCCUCAUUUUGUUUCCACACAUUCACAGGGACUCCUACAAAUAAACCCUCAUUCAAAUGACUACUCCUUUCCCCUCUCACCCUCUUCCUCAUCUUCCGGUGCUGGACCCUCCUCCCAGGACACUUCCUCCUUCGCUUCCUCCCUCGUUCCUCCAUCCUCCUCUCAGCAACAUCCGGACCCUCCCGGCUAUUUCCAAGAACUCCAGGACUCCAUGGGCAACUUCGUUGAAGACGUGCCAACAUGUGGGGUCUGUGGGAAGACAUUUUCAUGCACAUAUACUCUAAGACGCCACGCCAUUGUGCACACACGCGAACGGCCUUACGAGUGCCGCUACUGCUACAGGAGCUACACGCAGUCUGGGGAUUUGUACCGACACAUCCGCAAAGCUCACGACCAGACGCUGCCCGCUAAACGCAGCAAGGGAGAUACAGAGGGACCCCUGCUGCCGCAGGCCCCUCCUCACUGCUAACACGCUACACACUUAUUCCCAAAUAUGUGAACUUUAACCUGAUCUAUCCAUCCAUCCAUUUUCUUGACACCCUUGUCCCUUAGUGGGGUCGGGAGGGGUUGCUGGUGCCCAUCUCCA